AUGUCUUCCUGGAAAUGGCUGAUCAUCUCCUGCAUCUUACUCGCCGCCUCCCCAAUCCAAGCUUCAAAGCCCUUGAACCUCGCGAAACGCAUCAAUAGCGACUCCUCCGGCCCCAACUCGCUCUCGACAGGAUUAUGCGAGAUCGUCACUGCUCUUUGCGCCGCCUGUCCUCCAAGCACGACCACUACCGUGAUCACUACGGCAACGGUCACAGUAACUCACGGUGCGUCCGGAGCCACCGCCAACAUGGCCACAGUCGGCAGCGCUACUCCAACCAGUUCGCGGUCGAGCUCGGCCAUCCCAACUCCAAGCUCCAGUCCUCGGCAUGGUAGCUCAACGCCAUCGGUACACGGAAGUAGUAGCUCUGUUCACACUCGACCUUCGAGCGGUGAACCCACGUUGACUACGACAAACCCGCGGACGUCUACCAGCCAUGAAAGUGCAAAGGAGACUACCACUCGACCCCAUUUUCCACUCCCCGACCCUCGACGAAUGCGAAGACGGCUCGUUCCGUUCUUUUAG